GACGUCACUUCCUCCCCACGUGAACCGCUCCGGACAUGUGAGCAGGAGCGUCUACCAUCCACGGCGGCUUUUUCCUUCUUCACGUUUUCAGCUCACAGCCAUCUACCAUCGCAUUCUGGUCUCAUGGUUGUCGACAGCGGAACCAUGGAGCCCGCAGAGGAGCAGCAGCAGGAGCAGGAGGAGGAGGAAGAAGAGGAGGAAGAAGAGAUGCUCGGCCUCGACUCAGAGGAAAACAGCGAGAUGUCGGACGAUGAGCUUCAAGAAGCCUUUGCAAGCGGCUUGUUGAAACCGGGGAUGAACGUCCUGGUGGAUCAACCCAAAAAGCAUGUCAACAAUGUGGAGGGGAUGAAACAGUGCCUCGCCGACUUCCGUAAAGACCUUCCCUGGGUGGAGAGGCUGGUUCUGACCAACCCGCCGGCCGAAGACGUUCUCUCCCAGGCCGAGGGGAAAGUUCCCAAACCGGCCAACGGGGAUGUCAACGCGGACGACGAUUUCCAGAGGGAGAUGUUCUUCUACCGUCAAGCUCAAGCCACAGUCCUUGAGGCACUGCCGCUCCUGAGCAAGCAUGGCAUAGCCACCAAGAGGCCGGAGGAUUACUUCGCAGAGAUGGCCAAGUCAGAUCAGCACAUGCAGAAGAUCAGGAAAAAGCUAAUUUCAAAGCAGAUGAUACUGGAGAAAUCGGAGAAGGCCAAGAAACUGCGCGAGCAGAGGAAGUUUGGCAAAAAGGUCCAAGUAGAAGUGAUCCAGAAGAGGCAGAAGGAGAAGAAGGCUAUGAUGACAGCUGUAAAGAGAUACCAGAAAGGAAUGACCGACAAGCUGGAGUUCUUGGAAGGAGACAAGAAGCAGCCGGGUAAAGACUCUGCUCAGGGCUCAAAGAAAGCAGCGGCCAAGAAGGGACCCAACGCCAAGAGAAAAUUCAAGGACCAAAAGUUUGGCUUCGGAGGCAAGAAGAGCGGAAAGAAGUGGAACACCAAGGAGAGCUUCAACGACGUUUCCAGUUUCCGCGCCAAGGUGGCUAACGCCAAGGGAGGGAAGAAAGGCAAAGGAGGAAAACAAAAUAAACGCCCGGGCAAGUCCGUGCGCAAGAAGAUGAAGGGUCGCUCAUAAAAACAACUGACGGGCUGGUCAACAGACUGGACUAAGACUCGCUUCUAGCUAGGGUUUCUCACACUUGCGCUCCUCGGGAGGCACGUGGGGGAAAUCUCCUACACUCUUUUGUACAAUAUGUCGUCUGUAGAACGAGUCUGGUUUGACACGGAGGACUCUAUAAAAAACCCUGCAAGCCGCAGAAAGAGCUGCGUCAUGACAUAUUACUAAGGAAGCUGCUGAAAGGACACUGCUGGUGAAGAAAAGACACGAGUGGACUGCACAGUGCAACCCAAACAGUUUUAUUUUCCCACAUGCAGUUUCCAUAAGUCGUGAAAAAGAUAAUUUGUGUCCAUGUGCCCUGUCAGAUAAGGAAGUUUAGAUCCACCUCUCUGCGAUUGCUCCCCAGUAUUUUCACUCACUUACAUUGUGUAUGCUCUUCUGAGUUUGGUUUAUUCUUUUGUUUGUUUUUGUUUUUUUCUCCAACUCGGCUCCUUGACUCGUCGAUUCUCCCUCAUGUGACGUGACAUUUUAUAAUAUCGAGCAGCUGUCAGCGUCGGCCUUUUCCCGUUCAUUAAUAUGAUUAGUGUGUGAUGGGCGAGUGUGCUUCGUGUAGACCCAUGCAAGGGUUUUUCUAAGUCAGCAAAGAAGAGAAUGAAAAACUUCUGCUGCUGACUGACUGACACCAGUAUGUUUUUAUGUAUCUGAACAGAGGUGUCGAAUUCAUGGAGAUCUUAUGACUGUUUUUCCGAGGGUUUAUUUUCCAGCUUUCAGGGCAGAUUCUUUAUGUCUGGUGACGUCUGUGCUCCUGUGGUUGAAAUGUAUUCUCCCGUCACUUCGGUUCUCCGGAAUCUGGAGGCAGAAAACGGGUCAGAUUCAGGAAGAGUUGACCUGGAGAUUAAAGUUGGCUUAAAAUGAA